AUGGCGCCCUCCCGCACAAACCCCCUCAAGGAAGCCCGCUCCUGCCUCACCCUCUUCACUCACUCUCGAUCAACCCGCUGGCCUUCUCGCACCGGCCUCGCGACCGACAUCCUCCUCUUUCUCUCCAUCCUCUUCGCGGUCGCGCAACUCGGCUUGUGCGUUGCCAUGGCCCACCGUCUACUCGCCUCUCCUCAAAGCGAAGUUGAAUGCUUGAAUGUGGAUGCUGGUAGCAACUUUGACUUCACCAACAUGGCUAUCUACUUCGGCUUCGCGCUCGCUGCCGCAUACAUCAACCGCAAGACCGACGCGCAACAGUCGAUGCGACUAGACGAUCUCAGUGGCUCUUCUGCCCUUACCCCCGCCCAACAAAACCUUCGCGACUUCCCUUCUUCUGGCAUCAGUGCUCAGGCUACGCCCGUUCCGAUGAACAACUUCGGUCUCACUUUCAUCGAUGGUACUCCCAACCCCAGCAGUCAGCAGCCCAAGGCUGCGAGGUCACGGACGGAGGAGGAGGAUCUAGAGGCCCGAGCAAACCCAUUCACGGAUCCGGCGAAUGUUGUGCCGCCAGAGCCGGCAAGACAAUGGAGGUAG